UGAAACGCAGCACUGCGCCUUUAAAAAAAACAAUCUGCUCCUGGUUUGCGGUCGCAAUUGUCCGCCGCCGGCUGAGCUCGCUGAGGCGGACGACGACGACGACGACGGCCCGGACCAGGACCAGGACCAGGACCCGGACCCGGACCCGUUGAAGUUUUGAAUGAGUUGCCCGCCUUGAGUGCGGGAGGAGGACGCGGAGGAGGACGGGGGCCAGUCCCCCGGCGGCUAUCAGAGCCGGGAGCGACGAGUUGAAAAGCAAACAGACGGCGGCUUGUUCGCGACGGAGCUGACACGCAAGAGGAGUCGGAACCAAAUCCUGCAACAAGAUGGCUGCAUGUAACGGAGAAAAGUUUGAAUCGGAGUCCGGUCAACCACCCGCCAUCUCCAAAAUGGAUAAAUACGAGGAUUUAGGACUGGAGGCAAGUAAGUUUAUAGAGGACUUAAACAUGUAUGAAGCGUCCAGAGAUGGUUUAUUCAGGACGAGGAGGGAUGCAGGCAAUAAUCCCGAUUUUGAGGAGACCAGAAGAGUUUUUGCUUCUAAAAUGACGAAAAUACACAUGCAGAAACACCAAGAGGAAAUGGCAAGAAACAACCAGGCCAUGAGAAUGAAUGGGGGUCUCGGCAACGCAUAUUUCACCAAAGACAGGCCGCCCAUCAGCAGCUCCAGGCAGCCAGGCGAAGCUGCAGCAAAGCCCCCAAUAUUGUCUGGUCCUUUACCUUCUGGGGGUCACUCUUCACAGUGCGAUAGUCAGAAGAACCACGCAGCCGUUCAGCCCGAGGCUCCAGUCAGCAGGGCGUCUGGCUACGGAAACAAUUACGAUAAUAAGGAGCGCUCAGACCUACAUCUGUACCAGAACGUCACGCCUGCCGCCCCCAGCCCAGGAAACCCUUUUCACAGCGCACCCGUGCACACUCGUCAUCCGGCUCCGUGGGGCUCGUCCGGAGAGCGCCACAAUCCCCAAUCUUUGUCCGAGAGCGGUGUCGCAUCUCCGACCGUGAUCAGUCCUCCACCUCUGCAGAACCCGGAUGGCCCCCUCUCAACUAACAGGAGUCCACCUUGCUCACCUUUUCCCAAAGAAAAACCAGACCUCAUUCCUACGCUGCCCCUUAGUGCCUUCACAGGAGGAGCCGACUUCCAUGUACCCUCCGUACAGUCUGCAGCUCACUAUGCACCAUCUUCUCCCACUUCGAGAACGUCCUCCUGUCCGAAUGGCACCGUAGUGGCUUCCUCUCAAGUGCCUUCUGAAGCACCUCGAACCAAAGUCCAGGUCACUUCUGCCGCCAUAAACCCUGGCAAUGUCUCCAAAAGCUUCAGCCAGAGUCAAGAUCAGAGUCAAAUACCGAGCUUUGGGAAGGCCGUUGGUGCUGAAGCGUCUUCCUUGAAGCCUGUGCAGCAGCCAGCAGAACAGGGCCCAUCAGCUGCCGAAGUCAAAUUAGAGGCCCUCACCAAUCGUCUGGAAAAGGAGAUGAAUAUGCAACCAAAAGCCGACUACUUUGGAGUCUGCGUAAAGUGCAACAAGGCCGUGCACGGAGCCAACCAGGCUUGUCAGGCAAUGGGCAGCCUCUACCAUGACAACUGCUUCAGUUGCAGUGCCUGCAGUCGAAGGCUGAGAGGAAAGGCUUUCUACUACGUUGGAGGAAGGGUUUUUUGUGAAGAGGACUUCCUGUAUUCAGGUUUCCAGCAGUCAGCUGACAAGUGCAAUGCAUGUGGUCAUCUGAUUAUGGACAUGAUCCUGCAGGCUCUCGGGAGGUCGUACCACCCGGGCUGCUUCCGCUGCGUUAUCUGCAAUGAGAGUCUCGACGGCGUGCCCUUUACUGUGGACACUGAAAAUAAGAUCUACUGUGUUAAAGACUACCACAGGGUCCUGGCUCCUAAAUGUGCCUCCUGCAAACAGCCUAUCCUUCCAUCUGAGGGCUCUGAUGAGACCGUCCGUGUGGUGUCCAUGGACAAAGAUUAUCAUGUGGAAUGCUAUCACUGCGAGGACUGUAAGAUGGAGCUGAAUGACGAGGAGGGUCACCGCUGCUACCCUCUGAACGGCCACCUUCUCUGCCACUCCUGCCACUUGAAGCACAUCGAGCCAGGCAGCUCCUCUUCCUUGGCCAGCAGCGCCUCCUAUUAACGGGAAUAUAGGUGGAGGGCGCCAUCUGGUGGACAUAGGGGGCAACUGUCAGAGUGGAGCGUGAUCACAAUUCUUGUUGUAGAGGAUUGGUUGGAAAAUUAACUUCACGGAUUCAUACAACCUAAUGAAUCAAUGCCCUUAAAAUGAAGUAAAAACGGUCCUCCAAAGCCUUGUUUGAUUGCUAGACCCUUUAGCUUCACUUUCACUCUUCGGCUUUGGAUUUACACAUCUAUUCGAACAUGCAAUACAUUGUGGAAAUACUUAAAUAUGACAAGUGAAGCAGUAAAGUCUGUUGUAUUUGGAUACAUGCAGGCGGCAUGGUAGCCUAGAGGUCAUGGGUCAGGCUCCUCUGUUUGCCCUGGUAUGUUCUCCCCGGGCUCUUUUCUCAAGGUAGUCCGCCUUCCACCUACAUUCCAAAAACAUGCAGGUUCGUUGAAGGCUCUAAAUUGCCCAGAGGUGUGCGUGUGAGCGUGAAUGUUUGUUUGUCUUUGUUCCCUGCGAUUGGCUUGUGACAAGUCCAACAUGUACCCCCGCCUCGGGUCGAUAAGUCGGCUGGAAUAGGCGCCAGCUCAUGACGACAAUCAGUAUUGAAUAGUGGUUUGCAAACUGAAAAAAAAACAACUGCUUAAAUAAUGAUUGAAUUGAUAUAUAUUGCACAAAAGGUAGAAUAGAAUAGAGUUUUAACAGAAUUUAAUGAUUUAAAAACAAAUAAUUCUCAAAGAUUAAAUGGAAAUUUACUGGACUUUAAAGUUAAAUACAACUGAACUGUUCUCCGGCAGUGACUUUUGAGUGCCACUAGAGGGAGUCUGCGUACCGUGCCACACUUUCUCUCUAGUAUAGCAAAUCAAUGGAUGGAUUGGUUCUUGGGCGCACGGUGGUCCUCCGGCUACCGACCACUUUACAAAAACAUGCAUGCUGGGUUCAACAAAGACUAAUUUGCCUGUGAGUGUGAAUGGUUCCCUGCAAUUGACUGACUAGCAGUCCAGGGUUGACCUCACCUGGGGUGGGCUCCAGCUCACCCGGGACCCUCAUGAUUACAAGUGCUAUAGAAAAGGAAUUGAUGGCGUCACACGUUAGGUCAACUGGAGACCCCUUAAUUGCCCAGAAGUGUGAGUGUUUGUCUGUUUCGGUGUGACCUGGGUUAGACAUGAGGUUUGGUCUUGAUAAUCUUCUCAGUGUGCUCACGAGUACGUGUUUGUGUUUGAGGAAAGACGGCAUGAAAAAUGCGGAGAAUGUUCCACUUGGGGGCAAAACGCACAAGUCAUUGUCUUCCGUAUGCAAGAUUUCAUCAGUAAGCGAGGAUGUGGAAAACUAGCUUGUAGAUGCAUCAGGUAAACAAGAAUGCAGAUGAUGGCUAUAGCUUAGAAUAUAGUUUGUCACAUGCACUCUGUAAAGCACUUAGAAAUGCAUUUUAUUUUAUUUUUCGCUAGGCCCCUAUGAAGGUUGAAGUCUCGUGUAAUUUGCAAGAAAUUGUAUAUUUUCAAGUUUAUUUGUUUUUGGGCCUUUAUGAAUUUACUUUUGGUGUCCUGUUCGUAUAUUGCACAAAAGCCUUGUAUUGACAAUUGAUUGGUUUGCAGUGUCACGUAAAUGUGUGGUUGCCUGGUUUUCCAUAACUUAAAAGUAAUUUUGCUCAUCAUUUCAGGACCUUAUUUCAUAGUCAGUUGUAGAUUUAGAUAAUCAGAAAACAUUGAAGUGUGUUCAACUGUUGAGUGAUUAUAUUUAAAUAAAUUCUGUGCUCUAGGCCAAACUGACUGUACUGUAUCCCAGUCAAACAUA